ACCAUGGCAGAUUUAUCGUGUGCUGUUGUUUUGCUGUGCUUCUGUGAGUGUGUUUGAUUGAGGCGUGACGUGUCUCUCUGCAGAUGUGUGAAGAUCUGUUCAAGCGCACCAGUGAGAACACGGAUCCUGAUCUUUCCUACUCUGUAGAGGUGUCCUAUAUGGAGAUCUACUGCGAGCGAGUGCGGGAUCUGCUGAGCCCCAAGAGUAAAGGAGCGCUGCGGGUGCGAGAGCAUCCCAUCAUGGGGCCGUACGUCGAGGACCUGUCCAAACUCGCUGUGACGUCCUACAACGACAUCAGAGACCUCAUGGACGCGGGGAACAAGGCCCGGACGGUGGCAGCGACAAACAUGAACGAGACCAGCAGCCGAUCACACGCCGUCUUCACCAUCGUCUUCACUCAGCGCCGCCGAGAUCAGCUGACCAGCCUCGACACAGAGAAGGUGUGCGCGCGCGUGUGUGUUAGGGUUGGGUAUCGUUUGGGUACCCGAUCGUUCGAUACCGGUAGUUGUGGUUAUGAAGCGUGUGUUUGUGUUUCAGGUGGUAAUUCUCGUACGGCUAUGAUUGCUGCUCUCAGUCCUGCAGAUAUUAAUUAUGAGGAAACACUCAGCACUCUCAGAUAUGCUGACCGUGCGAAGCAGAUCCGCUGUAAUGCUGUAAUUAAUGAGGAUCCAAAUGCUCGUCUGAUCAGAGAACUGAAGGAGGAGGUGAACCGACUCAGAGAGCUGCUGCUGUCACAAGGACUGAGCCGGCUGAUGACUGCUCCAGCUGCUGAAGUCAAUAAUAACCGUGUGGGCGUCACUCUAAUGCCUGCUGACCCCGCCUCCAAUGGAGCUCCGCCCACAUCUGCACCUGUCCUGGGAGAAGGCCCCACCUCUGAGAGUGACCCCGCCUCUCUGGAUGGCCACGGCCAAUUAGAAGAGUUUCAGGGCGAGAUGAUAACCAAUGAGGAAGCAGUGGAGAGACUAAAGGAAACAGAGAAGAUCAUCGCUGAGCUGAAUGAGACGUGGGAGGAGAAGCUGAGGAAGACCGAGUCGAUCCGACUGGAGAGGGAGUCGAUUCUGGCGGAGAUGGGAGUGUCUAUUAAAGAGGAUGGAGGAACUGUUGGAGUGUUUUCACCUAAAGGGGUCUGUAUACACUCUUGUGUGUGUGUGUCAGUAACACACACUCAUGUACUGUGCUGGUUUUCUCUCUCGGUGGAACAGUUGCUGGGAUUUGACACAGUGGCCGUGACUCUGGAGCCGCUGGAGGGAGCGGAGACGUACGUGAAUGGGAAGCAGAUCACCGAGUGUGUGCUGCUCAAACAGGGCAACCGCAUCGUGAUGGGCAAGAGCCACGUGUUCCGGUUCAAUCACCCGGAGCAGGCGCGUCUGGAGCGCGAGCGCAGCAGCUGUGUGGAGCAGCAGGGAGAGCCGGCCGACUGGAACUACGCUCAGAGAGAGCUGCUGGAGAAACAGGGCAUCGACAUCAAGCUGGAGAUGGAGAGGAGGUUACAGGAUGUGGAGAUUCAGUAUCGGCGAGAGAAAGAGGAAGCAGAUCUACUGCUGGAGCAACAGAGACUGUACGCAGAUUCAGACAGUGGAGAUGAUUCUGACAAACGCUCAUGUGAAGAGAGCUGGAGACUCAUUUCAUCCCUAAGAGAGAAACUACCAGCUAACAAGGUUCAGUCCAUAGUAAAGCGCUGCGGUUUACCCAGCAGCGGCAAACGGCGCGAGCCGCUCCGCGUCUAUCAGAUCCCGCAGCGCAGACGCAUCAGCAAAGACCCCCAGCAGGUGACCAUGAGCGACCUGAAGCUGCAGGCGGUGAAGGAGAUCUGCUACGAGGUGGCGCUCGGAGAUUUCAGACACUCGCGGCGGGAGAUGGAGGCGCUGGCCAUCGUCAAGAUGAAGGAGCUCUGCCGCAUGUACGGCAAACGAGACGCGGCCGAGAAGGACUCGUGGAGGGAGGUGGCGCAGGACGUGUGGGACACGGUGGGCAUCGCAGACGAGCGCACGCUGGAGACGACAGACGGUGCAGCGGACGGAGAGAGCGGCAGAUCCGGCGUGUACAAUCUGAAAGCACACAUCGACAAACUGACAGAUAUUCUAGAAGAGGUCAAAGAGCAGAACAAUAUGAAGGACGAGGAGAUCAAAGCCCUCAGAGACAGAAUGAUGAAGAUGGAGAGCAUCAUACCAGCAGUGCAGCAGGAUAAUGAUGAUGAAUCAGAGGAACUGCCUGCAUACGGCGAUCAGGGGCGGGGCGAUGAGCAGGAUGGGUGUGGCUCUCUGGAGCCCCUCCCCAAAGAGAAGCGAGUGUCACGGCUGAUGGAAGAAGACCCCGCCUUCCGGAGGGGCCGCAUGCGCUGGCUCAAACAGGAGCAGUUGCGUCUGCACAACCUGCAGCAGCAGCAGAUCACCAAGCGUCUGCGCAGAGGGGGCGGAGCCGGGGGCGGGGAGGGCGUGGUCCACCUUCCUGGAACGGGACGCUUCAUUCCCCCUCAGGACUGCAAGCUGAAAUUCCCCUUUAAGAGCAACCCGCAGCACCGGCUCUCCUGGGGCCCGAAUGCGUCCGUCACGGUGGAUGACCUCAAGGAUGAUCACAACGAGAGACGAGGCCCCGCCCCCGGCGUGCCGUUACUUCCUCUACCUUUCCAAGUGCCGGUUGUCAUGCGCGCGCCCUCCCCCAGUCGCCCCUGGCAACCUCGCCAAUACAGCAACGGUAACUUUGGCAAUGGCAACUAUGGCAACGGCAGUCCGUUUCCUCAGCAGCAACAGUGGCACUACAGGCGCAACUCACUGGACAGCAGCACCGUGCCUAGCAACCAGGGUUACUAUAGCAAUGGGCACCACAACAAUAAUGGCUCACAGCAUAUGGGACGCGGUCGCUAUCGGCGACAGUCGCUGGGCCCUUGCACACGUGGGGAGGGGGCGUACACGCAAAUGUACGUCAAUCAUCAGCGGCCCGCCUUCCAGAUCUACCAGACUCUACCGCACACGCUCGUGGAUCAACAGCAUGGCAAAAACCAAAAACCACAGGGCUACGUCACCCCGCCGCGCAUGAGACGGCAAUACAGCGCCCCCGACCUGAAGAGUAAAGAAACGCCCAUCUGAUGUGUGCGUGUGACCGUUGUUUUACUGCCGUUCAGUUAUGAUGUCAUGAAUACAAGCCGUGUUGUUUUGAUGGGUUAGUUAACAGUCUCCUGUAGGCAGACUAUCAGUAGAAAGAGUUAAUUCUGGCCAAGAACCGCCCACUUUAGACAGGAAGAGAGUGUUUGAGUGACAGUUAAGACCCGUUCACAAUGAGAACAGUAACUAUGACGAUGAAGGUUUAAUAUUCAUUCUAAAGGUGCGCUCACAUUUACUGUAGUUCUGCAAAUUUUUGCAGGCGAAAUCAAGUCGUUUUAAUAGGAAUCUACGCAAUUGGGUUAUAGUUAUCAUUCUUGGUGUGAACGGGCCUUUAGACUCCUGGUCAUCCAAUCAGAUUAGAGCUUGUGAUUUUUGGAAAGCUCUCAUUAUUUUAAGUGCAGUAUGCAUGUAUGGGCGGUCCGAGACUAGUUAACCCAAACUGACCCAAACUCUGCACAGUCGCCACGUCACUACUCCGUCUGUGUGUGUUUUUGCUGUUGUUCAGGAUCACGUACCUCUCCGCAAUGACUCGGCCCAGGACUAGUUUUGCAUUAGUUUUGGGUGUUUGUAUGUUCAGCCUCAAUGUGCCUUAUUGAGAUGCCAAUAACCUCAGAAAUCACUGAAGGAAAUGCCAUGGGAGUGUGUGAGUGUGUGUGACACUGAUGAUUUACUGUGUGAGAUCUGAGAUGCAGGAGGAAGUUUUGAUGCCCGAUUCAUGGAUAUGGUUCUUUUGAACUGGUUCUUGCUAAUGAUUAAUUCACCUGAUUCACAACAAAACAACUCAAAUCACCUUAAAGGAAGGUUCCAGUUACAGUACAUGUUCAGAUGCUGUUCGUCACCAGCUAGAAUCAUUUGACUCACCCUUCAGUGUUUAUUUUAUUUUAGUCUUUUAACUUUUUUUUUCAUUGCAUUGCAGUAAUGGUCUUUAGUGUAAUAAACUGAGCCAGAUGAUCAAUGUUAAUCUACACAAGACUUCAUCCCACUCGUCGAUUCACCUCGUUUACAGCUCAAAUAAUGAACAUUUAAUCAGAAAUGUUUGAUCUGAGA